AUGAAGCUUUUAGAUUACGUCGCGUUAGGAGCGGCGACUGCGCAGACGCCCGGCUUCAGAUUGAACACAGAUGAGCUCAGCCUGGAUUACGGAGAUAGUGAGUAUUUGAACUUUUUUGACUUGGAACGAGGGAAGAAAAAGAAAGCAGCCAAAUACGCAGCUUGGUUGGCGACAAGUAGCCAGCAAUACCAGAGCACAACAAAGAAGACAACAACGACGAGACGCACAACCAGACCAACAACAACGACAUCAACAACUACUACUACCACUUCCACAACCACAACUACAACAACAAGGAAAACAACAACCACAAAGAGAACGACUCGACCAUAUGGAGGAUCUUCGGGUUCAUCUGGCUACUCCGGAUCUUCUGGAUCUUCAGGUUCCUUGACAUAUUCCAGCUCCUCUGGUUCAUCAAAUGAUUCUGGAAGCAAUAACUCAGAGUUUUUCGACGAUCGAGAUCAGCUUCUUUCGAUGAUUAACCACAUCAUUUCGACAGAAGGUGGUCUGCCAGAUCUCGGGCGGCCAGCUACAGACUUUCUCAACUACGGCUGCUGGUGCAACGUCCUCCACGAUCGGGAUCAUGCGCGAAAAGCAUUUGGAAAGUCUCUUGAUAGUCUUGAUUUGGCUUGUCAGCAUUGGGAGCAGUGUCUGAAAUGCACACAGAUGGACGAUACAGACUGUCAACCGUUACUUACAGACUACUCCGUGCUUUUGGGAACGCAGUCGUCUGGCAGCGCGUAUUCUCCCGGAUCAACAGCUACAACUAGUUGCGAUGGUAAUGCGGAAGGUUGUGGUAAAUGGGCUUGCCAAUGCGAUGCUCGCUUUGCUGCACAGUUCGUCGCCGCGAUAAGAGAGGGAGACUUUGAUAAUGCUAACCUGCACGCAAGUAACCAAUGGGAUCAAUCCGCCAUGUGUGCCUGGACUGGCGAUUAUGACACUCAUGAUGAGUGCUGUGGUGAGUAUCCAAAUCGAUUCCCCUUUGCAACAAAUUUCGGCCAACGCGCAUGCUGCCACAACAAAACUUACAAUACAAACGAUGCCAUGUGCUGCGCGAACGGACAUAUUUCAACUACUGGAUCAUGCUCUGGUGGAACUACAUCUUCAACGGAAGCACCAACGACGCCUACUCCGGAACCAACUACCCAAGAGCCCACUACAAUGGCGGAAACUAUUUAUACAACGACGCCAGGAGUAACUGAUACAACAGAAAGCUUUCCCUUCGAAACUUUCACAACUGAAAAAGAUGGAGGAUCAAAUGAUGGAGGAUCAAAUGAUGGAUACAACAACCCAUACGCACCAGCCGAGCCAACAACUUGCCAAGCAACAAAUCUCAACAUCGUAUUCUCGGUCGACAUUUCAUCUUCAAUGGAAUCGGUCCGCGAAUUCUGGAGCUGGUUCAGAGGCUUCGUCGGGUUCUUCGACUCGUCCAAGCAGAAGAUUUCUAUCAACACAUUUGCUGAUGACUCCGAUAUCGUCUUGGAUCUCGCUCAUCACGAUGUUCAACACAUAAUGGACACCGUAGAGAAUUUACGCAAGCAAGGUGCUUCAUCCAGUUCCGAAUCACUUCUUCUCAAGGCCCUAAAAACUUCAAGAGUUUCUCUGAAAGGGCUCGAAGACGAAAACAGCGUUGUCAUUGUCUUCACUGAUGGCUGGAACACGGAUGCGAAAACUCCAGUUUUUCACGGAGAGGAGGCUUUCAAAGAUGGAAUCAACAUGAUUUCUGUUGGAAUCGGCGAAAAACUGAUGAAAGAAUAUCUUUACACAAUUGCAACCGGAAAUCAACGAAAUGUCUACGAGGUGCAACUCAAUGAACUUGACUCUGUCACUUCAUCACUUCAAAAUCAGAUUUGCUCAUCAACAAGCCAAGAAGUGUUCGAUAGUUCCGAAGCAUGGACUGGUGCUCGUCCAGACAUUAUUUAUGCAAAGGAUACAAUCGCCGAUUAUGCUCAGAUAUUCGACAAAAGAGGACGAUUACCAAACGGCUACCAAGAUCUCAACAACGAGUUCCUUCAAUGGUACCGAACAGAAGCGCAGUUCGGAGGGGGCCUCAUGAUGCGCCGCCUCAACAUGACAAUGUUCAGUGAUUUUUAA